AUACAUAUACUGCAGCACAGUCUAAACAUUGUCCUUGGUUAGCUGUGAGAGGUGAUGUGCUAAGGGGACAUGGGGCUUCUCCACGAUGAGGCAAAAAAUCUCCCUCCGCCGGGGAUCGUAAACAGGAACUCGAUAUGGCUCGGGUUUACCGGCUGGGCCACAGCGAUGCUGCAUAACGCGAUUAACCGGAGACCUGCGAUUAAAGCGGGUGUUCACCGACAAGCAUUGUUCAUAACCAUCGGCUGGGUCCUCGGCUACCAUUUAACCAAGGUUGAAAAUUACAAAUACGCUAAGGUGGACAGAGAUAUGAAAGAAUACAUCCGAAUGCACCCUGUAGAGUUUCCAGAGACAGAUAAGAAGACUUUCUCAGAGAUCGUAGAGCCAUUCCACCCAAUCCGCUGAGAAAAACUGCUUUUCACUGACUCGAAGAAUAUGUGAAAAGCAAUGUGGAAGCCCUCUUCAAUCUACCAUGUUAUUAAACUGUAUAAGACAUGAUUUAUUCAUUAUUUUGUUUCUAAUAUUUGAUUAAAGUAUUAAAAAUGCACAAACUGCAU